AUGUCAUUCCAGUCAAUAUCAUAUAAUGCAGGCCCCGGUAUUCUGGCGCUCAACUGGACGGCGGCGGCCAUCGCCAUCCUGGUUAUGAUCCUGCGGGUAAUUGCCAAACUUCGUAUUCGACACUAUGCAGUGAAUGACACGGCUAUGUUAUGUGCGCUGGUCCUUGCUUUGGCGGCAUCCGUCAUGAUUACCUUGGCUAUUGCUCAUGGCUACGGACGACACUCUCAGUACCUGAGUAAGGCAAACCAGGUGCUGGCCUUGAAGUAUUACACAGCUUUUCAGUGUCUCUCGAUCGUCGCCACUGGCGCUGGCAGAGCCGCCUUCACUUUAUAUUUGUUGAAUAUUUUACGUCAAGAAAGAUAUCUGGGCUGGAUUCUGUGGCUCAUCUUUGCGCUGCAGAUCAUCAUCAACAUUGUCUCGGUGGCUACCAUUCUUGCUCAGUGUCAGGAUAUUAAUUCUCUUUGGGAUGCGCAUGUGGGCACGGCAUGCUGGAAUCCAAAUGUCGAGCGUAUCUACGGCUAUGUACAGUGCUCGAUCAAUACUGCAUCCGACCUCUUCCUUGCCGUCUUCCCCACCUACACCUUCUGGAGCCUGAGCUUGAAACUGCGCGUCAAAAUUAGUCUCGUCGUGUUGAUGGGGUUUGGCCUAGUAGCCAUGGUGGCCUCGGUCAUGCGAAUCGUCAACCUGGGUUCUGUCGCUGAGCGUGGCGACCAAACCGCAGCGACGGUCAAACUCACUCGAUGGGCGCUGGCGGAGUGUUAUCUGGUCAUCGUCACAGCCUCCAUGCCAUGCAUUCGGUCCCUGAUUAUCGCGUCUGUCCGGAAUAUCUCGAGUGGCAAUCGUUCGCGAGUGGUCGGAUCACAAUACAAGAUCAGUCCUCCAAUUCCCAGUCGCGCAGCAUACAGCACUUGGGCGGACACACCACCGCGACUCAGUCGGGAAUAUAACCUUAGCAGCUAUCCUAUGGAGCUGGAACGGGUUGGUGGGCGCGCAAUCACCAAACAGGUGGAUAUCACGGUGUUCAGGAAUCGCUCGAGGAGCACCAGGAACAGCGACUAUCGCCGGUGUUAA